ACAACGAACCCCCUUAUACAGUUUUUUUUUUAGCAUGAAACUCUCAGUUCAUAUCGUUCUUAGUAUUCUCUUUGUUUCGACGAUAUAUUAUAAUAUACAGUUAACCGACGCAAGACACCUGCGGAAAACAGACGAUCAUGAUCACCAUUUCACAGUCGGGCACACUGACGAUUUCGCACCUACUUCUCCGGGUAACUGCCCGGGUAUUGGUCAUAAGAUGAAGGAGGAUAAAGAAAAUGUCGAAAGAUUUAAAGAUGACUUUAAACCUACGAUACCAGGACAUAGUCCCGGCGUUGGACAUUCUGUCAAGAACAAUGAGCCUAAUGUUUAGAAAAGGUUUUAGCGUAUUAUUGUUUUUACUAAAUUAAUAUGAAAUUUAAAUU